AGUAUCUCACCUUGACAAGCACACAACACAAUGAGCUCGGCCACCUCAGCCCAAGCUUGGCAGUACACCAGCCCCAGCGGGGGCGUGGAGCGCAACCUCAAGCAGGUCACCGUUGCAUCGCCCACGCCCAAACCCAAUCAGCACCUGGUCGAGGUGCUGGCCGCAUCGCUCAACCCAGCCGACUACAAGCCCGUCGAGACGCCUGUUGUUGGCCGAUUUCUCGUGCCAAACCCUGCCACGCCGGGCGCCGACUUUGCGGGCCGAAUCGUGAUCCCAAGCGCCAGCUCCGACUUCAAGCCGGGUCAAAUGGUGUUCGGAAACGCAGGUACCUCGCCAUUUGCAGGCGGUGCCCUGUCGCAGCUGGCAUUGGUGGAAGAAGACCACCUCGCCCUCUUGCCCAACGGCAUUAGCCCGGUGGAGGGCGCAUCCGUCCCCGUGGCGGGGCUUACUGCGCUGCAGUCGCUCGAGCCCUACGUCAAGAGCGGCAAUCGCGUGUUCAUCAAUGGAGGAUCCGGUGGCACAGGGGUGUUUGCUAUUCAGAUCGCCAAGGCACUCGGCUGUCACGUUACCACGACUUGCUCGACCGCCAACGUAGAGUUCUGCAAAAGCCUAGGCGCCGAUGUGGUGAUCGACUAUCGCAAAGCGGAUGUCCUUGACGCGUUGAGCAGGUAUCGCUUCGACCAUGUCGUCGACAACAUCGGCAACGAUCUGGCAUACUACUUUCAAGCUCACAGAUACACGACGCCUGAGGCCGUGUACGUGCUUGUCGCAAAGAAUCCUUCGCUCGGCUUUGUGCUCAACAUGAUCCGAUCAUCGCUUCCUGCAUUACUUGGCGGCGGUCAAAGGACCUUGGUCAACAUGAUGUCCACGUCGAGUCAACGAGAGCUGGACACGAUGGCUGCCUGGAUGAAGGAGGGCAAGGUGAAAGCGAUCAUCGACUCGACAUACACCUUCGACCAGGUCCCCACUGCCCUCACGAAACUUAAGCUUGGCCGAGCUCGCGGAAAGAUUGUCAUCAGAGUGAAUGAUGCAGCCACCGAGUGA